AUGACACAUUUGAGCGUCUCAGAAACGCACGACUUCCCGCUUCCUGUUUCAGAGCAACCGCCAAAAACUGAGCCUGAGGAAAGAUCUGGCGUGGAGACCGACAGCAUCGAGACCGGGCUGCGCAAGGUGAUUCGAAAGGACAGACUGGCGAGUCCUUUACGAGUCUCGUCCCCGUCCAGGAGCACGGCGUCCUCGUCGACGGACGACAGGACCCCACGAGCCGGUUCCGUCGCGCGAGAGAACAGCAACCUAUCCAAGACCUCGUCCGGAGCAAGACGCCCAAGGACAGCAAUUCCAGCCCGGAGGUCAACGCCGAGCGGAAGUCUCAGCAAAGCGCUGUCACCGAUACCGAUUCCCAGUUUCACGAAGACGACGUCCUUCGGCGGUAGCGCCACGUGGAACGGCCGUCAGACCAGGCGGCGAGCCAGCAUUCAGACGGACACCUUCUUGGAUCCGAGCUCGACGCCGGCCACGUGCGCCACGACGCCGAGUUUCUCGCGGAAGAGCCCGGGCAGGCAGAGUCUGCAGUCGCGGCCGAGCCUGAACGGAGUUCAGUACGAUAGGAACGGCAGGAGGAUCAGAGCGUCCGCUACGGGAACCGCGUCUCUCCAGUCGUCGCCUACGAAGGUGACGAAUCCGUUGCUCGAUCAGAUACUGCAGAAACUGGGCGACUUGAAGGACGAGCGGCAGAUGGUGCAGAAGCUGCAGGGCCUUCUGAGGGAUUAUCAGGCUACCUCGACCGACCGUGCCGCGAAUAUGGACUUCGCCAAAAUGUGGGUGGACAGUAACGGGACGAUGACUGUGCCUCAGGAUGUUCAGGUAUCGGUUUCUCCCCGAAAAGAUCCCAAACCUCAGGAAGGUUGUUCGAGGAUACCGGUGCCUCGUACCGUAUCCUAUAAAAGACCGAUGUCCGUGGCAUCGGAUAGCGUUUGA